CAAAAAGAAAACAAAAAACAAAUACAUUUCUUGCAGAUUUGCUCCCAGAAGUUACAUUGGUUUUACAAUUGGUUUUCACACAUUCGCUGGGGCGUUAACCCGUUCGAUACGGGAAAGCCAAAUAAUCCUUCCAUAAAUUACAUGGAAGUAACUUAAUCCAAAAAAAAUAUAAAAGUUACUUACCAACCGCGUAAGAACCGCAGUUCCAAAUGAACAGCGAAAGUUACAGGAAGCACGGAAGCCCAAGACACGAAGGAGACGAUAGAACAAAUUCUGGCCCAGACCCAAAAGAACAGAGUGUAGGAGGCGCACAUGCGCUAGACGUGUUGUUGUUAUUGUUGUUGUUGGUCGGUUUGUCGUGCUUGCAGUGCAUUAAAUCAACGAGUGACUGGAGCAACUGGUGGUCACUUCAAUUGACAUGGAGGUCUAUGCCUGGGGAGCCAACUCUCAUGGCCAACUUGGCCUUGGCUUUGAGUCGGAACUGUGUAUGACACCGCAACGUGUAGCAAAAUUGUCUUUUGCCCCCCAAUUGGUGCGACGCAUACGAGGCGGUGGCGGUCAUGUUUUGAUUUUAGAUAACAAUGGACGAGUCCAUGCUUGUGGUUGGAAUAAUCGUGGGCAGUUGGGGCUGGAUUCAACGGAGGAAUGUCACAAUGAGUUCACCAUGAUUCCCACUGAAUAUUUUGAAGAGGUACCAGUGGAAACCAUCUGCUGCGGCUGGGACAUCUCGGGGGCCAUUACGCUGACAAAACGAUUGUAUGUCUGGGGUUCGAAUGCCUUUCAGCAGCUGGGCAUAUGUCAACGUGGUUUUAUGGCUGUCCGUCGACCCAUGCCGGUGCGUCUGCCACGCGAUGAGCUGGCCCAGCGGAUUAGUUUUGGCCUGCGACACUGCGCUGUGCUUACCGAGGAUAACAAAAUCUAUGUUUUCGGGCGUUUGCGGAUAAUGGAUCCACCGCCAAUUGAGCUGGACAUUACAUCAACUUGCCUGCAUCGUUGCAACACCAUGAAAAUUCAAGUCCACAAUCCCAAUGAUUUGCGCAUCCUAUCGCUGUCGAGUGGGCAGCAUCACAUGCUCCUCAAGUGCCUGGACACUAGCACGACUGCUGCCAAUGGUGGCGGCACCAGGCGCAUACUUUCCUUGGGUGACAAUAAAUUUGGGCAAUCGAAUGCCUUUCUUUUCGAGCACGAUGUGCGACAAUUGGCCGUAGGUUGGACUCACAAUGUGGCCGUAUUGAGAAAUGAUACCAUCUUGUCGUGGGGUCGCAAUUGUUAUGGACAAUUGGGCACAGGAGCGUUCAGUGAACAACAGGCCAUUCCCCAGCCGCUGCAUUUGCAAUUGGACGAUGGAGAGACACCUGCACGCAUCCAUAUGGGAGCAGAACAUGGUCUAAUGCGUACCACAGCCGGGAAAAUCUAUACUUGGGGCUGGAAUGAGCACGGUAAUUGUGGCAACAACGACACGGAAAAUUUAUGCAACCCUACGCUAAUAAAACUUCCCGGAGUCGUUAAAUUGGCCGGAACUGGAGCUGGUUUCUGUUACGCUAUUGUUGAAAUUGAUGAGAAGUGACAGAACUACACAUGCUAGAGUGGGACAAAUAUACUGUUUACGGCGUAAACGUCAGUCAGUUGCACUUGCGUCCUAGGGACAUGACUUAACGUUUUCCCUGUCAUAUCUUUCUUGUUGUGGAUUGUUAACUAAUGUAUAUUUAAAAAUAAAUAAAUUCUAUUUUCUUGUAAA